AUGUCGCUAUCUUUUCCAUCAGAGUCCUCGUCAGAACAAUCUUCUACCAGAGCACCACAGGCGUGUGGCACUUGCAAAAGGCAGAAGCGGAAAUGCGACAAGGCCUUGCCGUCGUGCGGCCUCUGUGUACGCAUGCGCAGGCACUGCGACUACACAGACGCCGUACCCGCUCCGACCCCCGAAGACUUUGCUGCUCUUCAGUUGAAGUUGCAAGAGCUCGAGACUCGCCUGAAUACCAAUAGCUCGGGCUCUGUGGCAAGUCUUGGAGGAUCGCCACCACCCAACGCUGUCCCAAACUAUGUUCAAGCCGACUUUUCGUGGCAACCACCCGUUUCAGUCCAGUUUCCAGCGAGUCUCUUCCUCGACUUGUCCACUUGGAAGCGGAUGAGAAGAGUCGUGCCAAAGCCCGUAGUCGAGAUACCCGAGGAAGUUCUCGCGCAGCUAGGCGAGCCCGCCGAGAUUCAGCAAGCCAUCAACGAAUAUUUUGUUACAAUACAUCUCUGGCUGCCUAUCAUCUCGAAAAGUCGUAUGCAGAACGGCCACUCCCUUCUGGAAGGGGGUUCGGACCUAGCGAUGCUAUUCCUAGCCGUGAAGCUUGUGACCACAGUUCCAAUACCCUCCGUCGCCGCUGCCGAUCACUACAUCUAUCUGACGGCAAAGCGAUUUGUUCUGUCACUUCAACACGGCGGUAUCCCCUCAAUCAUGGUUCUACAAUCAAUGGUCCUCAUAGCUAUCUAUGAGUACAGUCAUGGCAUCUAUCCUGCGGCAUGGACAACAAUAGGGGGCUGCGCUCGGUAUGCCGACUUUCUAGGGUUGCCCGACGUUCAUGAGAGCUCGAUACUCCUCAACAGCGCCGUGCGUUCCCCCGCUCAACCAACGCUUGAUCCCCCCUGA